AUGACAGUCACAGUUUCCAGUAUUAUUAGCGAUGUCAUCAUCUGCCUCUCCCCGAUCCCGCUGCUCUGGAACAUCCAGAUGAAUCGCAAUCUGAAACUUGUGUCCGGGUUUCUACUUUCCCUUGGUUUUUUCGCGAGCAUUUGCGCCAUCAUUCGCCUGGCAUACACUUUGGCUUUGAAUUCCACGGAGGACUAUCUUUUCCACGUCUAUGGCGUGACAGUGUGGUGCUUCGCCGAAGUUGGAGUUGCAUUGACAGUUGGUUGCUCAAGCACGCUCCGCCCGAUGUUCCGCACCUGCCUGGGUGGCACUGGCGAAAGUAAGAAAGAGUCAAACGACACCUCACGGGGAACCUAUGAGCUACGGACCGGCGCGAACGACGGAGUUAUUCGGUCCCAAAACGACGACGGCCAAAUUACACGUGUUGCGACCGAGCCCAGCGUGGGGGACGACGAAAGCGCACGCAAGAUGCUCGGCCCCUCGGAAAUUCGCGUCACGCAUCGCUUCGACGUUCGCGAGGAGGUCUAA